ACUGCCGCCUCCCAGCUUCCCGGGCAAGGUUUCCUGGGAAAAUCAGGAUUGACCGCACAAAUGGACGGAAGAAGCUAAAGCGGACGACCGCCCUGCUCCGGCGGGGCGCUUGCCGUUGGUGACGCGUGUGCGGCGAUGAACCUCACUAAUCGCUCAUGCGGCUGCCGACCCAAGCCCUGUCAAGACGUUCCUGCCUAACCACACGCCGUCGGCUCCUUCCUCGACACAUCGCUUACAGCUUGGCGAUCGUUGCCUGCGUCUUCUUCCUCUUCCACUCCUUCACCUCGCCCUCCCCUCCUCACAAGGCACGCAUCACCAAAGUCACCGAGCGCAUUUCCCCCAUCAGCGACGUCUACGAGGCAUCGUUGAGAAGCCAUGAUGAACAUAACCGCAUCCACGAUUACGACCUCGUCGUCUUCGGCGACCAGGCCGAAGGCGAAUACUACAGCAGGGCAAAAUAUCUGCUCAGGCUGAUCACAAAUGAGCUGGCAUUGCCCGCGGGCAAAAGAAGAGAAUGGCUGAUGUGGGUGGACAGAGAUGUCAUCCUCCUCAACGAACAAAUCCCCCUCGACAUCUUCCUCCCGCCCCCGGACUUCCCACACAUCCACUUCCUUGGCACCCACGAUAAGAUCCACGGCUUCAACGCCGGCGUCUUCUUCAUUCGCGUCCACGAGUGGAGCAUCAACCUACUCAAAGACGUCAUCGCACACUCCGAAGCCGACACGCCCGAAGCAGUCCACGGCUCUGUCAAAGUGGGCCGCUUCGAACUGACGGAAGAGCUGCGGGACCAGCGCGCCUUUCACACCAUCUUGCGAGGCGACCCUUAUCGGGACAACGUCCUCUACCAGCCGCGCAAUUGGUACAACACUCUUCCGGACUCCACCGACCACCACGGCAAAGAAGGCUAUCUCCUCACCCACUUCAACGAACUGGAAGGGCCACGAGAAGUCGGCAUGACCAUUACAAUACUCAGUCACGCCCGCUCGCCGGAAUCGUAUAGUGCCCCCGUGAGUCACACGCUGUACCCUCGCCGCAUCAGAGAAUUCUGGGAGCGCGUCCGCGAGGCGAAGCAGCUGUUGCCGCACGCGCAGGCGAGAAUCAACGAGGAAGCGGUCUGGGAGGGUUUCCGGCGCUUGUCGUAUGCGAGUACGUACGAGACGGAUGUGGAGAAGGUGUUGACGGCUGCUAUUCACAUGCUGAGUCGAGCACUCGGGCGGAUGGACAAUGUAGAUCUCGGGCACCCGGAGGAUGCUUGAGGAUCAGCGAGCAGUGCACAAAGCAUAUCCUUUUGAUUUGGAGCGUUACAGCGUUGCAUUGCGAUGGGAAGUCCUGGAACUGGAGCCGGUGGUCUCUACAAGGCCUCUCGGCCACAUACUUUACUGCAGAGUGGCAAUAC